AUGGAAUUUUGCUCAACUUGCCUCACAUCGCUCUCCUCCCAGUCGCCGUCCUUGCCGGAGCCCGUCUCUCGGGGUCGAAGGGUGGCGUGCUGCGGCAGAAUCAUCUGCCCGGACUGCAUUCGGAGAAACCCUCGAUUCGAGCAGUACUGUCCCUACUGCCAAGUGUCCAGCAAGCUGACCUCGCUGCCCCGGCAUCUCAAGAACCCCCCCUCGUAUACAGCCGUCCCGUCGUCGAGGACAAUCACCGUAGAGUCCUCGUGCGCUCCACCACCGUACACGCCGACGGCAUCCGCUGUUGCUCCAACAUCCGGUGGCUCGGACAAGCACGAGCUGCAGGAGAAUGAGAAGGAGCCCGUCCGCGAUGACGUCCUCCACUUCUUGAACCACGACCACGAUAGCAUCGCGUCCCUGUCGCUGCGUUACGGCGUCCCCGCGGCGGCUCUUCGUCACGCGAAUCGCAUCACGAGUGACCAUCUCUUGCUCGCGAGGAGGACGGUCUCCAUACCUGGCGCUUACUACAAGGGCCGUGGCAGCCUCUCGCCCCGGCCGAUAGAGGGGGAGGAGGAGGAAGUGAACAAGGCCAAGAUUCGGCGUUUCAUGACGUUUUGCAAGGAGCCGGAUUACGAUGUCGCGCUGCUUUACCUGGAGCGGUCGUAUUAUGAUCUCGGUGCGUCAGUGGACGCCUACCUUGCGGAUGGCGUUUGGGAAAGAAGGCAUCCCCAGGAAUUGGCCAGCAAGUCAUCUACCCAAGUCAAGAUCAAAAGGCCAUUUUGGCAUGGGCAGAGCCCACAGUAA